CGGCAGCAGCAGCAGCGACGAGGAGGAGGAGGAAGAGGGGGACCGGGAGCCUCGACAGAGACACCGCCACCACCACCACCUCCUCCAUCAUCAGCAGGAGCAGCAGAAGAAGAAGAGCGUGGUGUGCGCGGGCUGACGUCAGCGCUGAGCCGCCAGCUGUGACGGAGUGAGUCGCUGCUGAGGAGCGAGGGAGAGGGAGCGACGCAGGAAGAGAGGACGAAGCUUAACAAAAGAAAACAACAACAAAAACAAAAGAGGAAAACCCGUUACAUUUUCUCGCCACCAACGGCGCCGCCGAAAAUGAUGGAGGUCCCGAGCCACGCGAAGCAGCUGCUGUCGCAGCUCAACAAGCAGCGCAGCCAGGGCUUCCUGUGCGACGUCGUGGUGGUGGUGGAGAACGCGCUGUUCCGCGCCCACAAGGCCGUCCUCGCCGCCAGCAGCCUCUACUUCAAGUCGCUCGUUGUGCACGACAACCUCAUCAACCUGGACUCGGACGUGAUCACGCCGCCCGUGUUCCGCGCCGUGCUCGAGUACAUCUACACGGGCCGGCUCGGCGGCUCCGCCGUGUCGGCGUGCGGCGCCGGCGUGGGCGGCAGCGAGCCGGGCCUGGCCGCGCUGCUCACCGCCGCCAGCUACCUGCAGCUGCCCGAGCUCGUGGCGCUGUGCCGCAAGCGCCUCAAGCGCAACGGCCGCAUCGGGCCGGGCCGGCCGCCCUCUGUGGCGGUCGGGGGAGGCGCCGCGGCCCUGGCCCGGUAG